AUGGACUACGCAGGAGAAGAUAGCCAAAAUUCUGCCCCUGGCAGUGUUCAAGCAGCCAAGCUCGGGGGCACAAGGAAGGGCCCGGAUGCACAGAGUGUGACGAAAAGAUUACAAACAGAGUUAAUGCAGUUGAUGACCUCGCCUGCCCCUGGUGUUUCUGCUUUCCCGUCGGCGGACGGUAACCUGAUGUCCUGGUCUGCAACCAUUGAGGGCCCUGACGACACUCCAUAUGCUGGUCUUACCUUUAAGCUGUCCUUUUCUUUUCCCAACAACUAUCCCUAUGCUCCGCCGACAGUACUGUUCAAGACUCCAAUCUACCAUCCAAAUGUAGACUUCUCGGGUCGUAUUUGCCUAGAUAUCCUAAAAGACAAAUGGACCGCUGCAUACAACGUUCAAACAGUUCUAUUAAGUCUGCAAAGUUUGCUCGGGGAACCGAACAACUCUUCUCCAUUAAAUGGCGAGGCCGCGGAGUUAUGGGAUAAGGAUGCGGAGGAGUUCAAGAGGAAAGUUCUUGGACGUCACCGCGAUGUUGACGACGAUUAG